GGCAGGAUUUGAGGAGCUGGAGGAGCUCGCUGCGCUCCAUCAACUUUGACGCCUGCCAUGACUGAUCUUCUCCAUGGGAUUUUGCAAUGCAAGCCAUAAAAGCAUGCAGGACACUUGAGGAAGUCCGGCAAGUUCAUCGUCAACUUCAUAGCGAUGAACACAGCGUUUAUGCUGCGAACUUGCUGAUCAAGAUGUACGGCCGGUAUGGGAGCACCCAGCUUGCUCGCGAGGUCUUCGACUCGAUUCCUGACAAGGAUGGCUUCUCCUGGAACCUCAUGCUUCUGGCUUAUGCCCAAAACAGGCAGCUUGACAAGGCGAGGAAAAUCUUCUGUGAGAUGCCAAGCCGGGAUCAAUUUUCCUGGACCACCAUGCUGGUUGCUUACUCCAAGGACGAGAAUAUUGUAGAGGCACGAAGAAUCUUUGAAAGCAUGCCAAGCAAGGACGUGGUAUCGUGGAAUGCCAUGUUGGUGGCUUAUACCCAAGCUCGGCAUCUUGACAUGGCACAGGCCUUGUUUGACGCAAUGCCUGAGUGGGACGCAACAACUUGGAACACCAUGCUGACUGGAUAUUCCCUGCAAGGGAAUCUGGUCAAAGCGGAGAAAAUAUUUCAAGAGAUGCCGGAGAAGGUCCUGGUAUCGUGGACUGCUAUGCUGACUGCAUAUGCCCAACAUGGGCAGAUUGGAAAAUCGAAGGCAUUGUUUGAAGAAAUGCCUGCACGAAAUCUUGUGACAUGUAAUGCCAUGCUUGCAUCGCUUUCAGAGGUGGCGGAAGCCAAGAAGCUUUUCGACAGCAUGCAGGAGAGAGAUCUUAUGACAUGGAACACAUUACUUUCGGCAUAUGCCAUGUUUGGGCAUCUUGUUGAUGCUCUAGAAAUUUUUGAUGCUAUGCCUGGUCAUAGCGUUGUUUCAUAUAAUGCUGUAGUGAGUGCCUACGCAGAAAACAACCGCACGAGAGAAGCAUAUUCGAUGUUCAGUACGAUGCCCGCUUGGGACAUGCUAACUUGGACGGCGAUCCUCGUCGCAAAUGCACAGAAAGGGGAAGUGGCAAUGGCCGAGUGGCUGUUCACCUCUGCGCCAUCAAGAGAUCUCGUGAUAUGGAAUGCCCUUCUAGCAGUAUACUGUCAGCGUGGGCUGCUAGAAAAGGCAAAAUCCAGUUUCGACAAGAUGCCACAGCGAGACAUAUACACAUGGAACUCUAUGAUCUCGGCAUAUGCCCAGAAUGGACAAAUGCUCGAAGCAAUGCUUCUUUUCAAAUCGAUUCCAAGAGCCAAUGUGGUAACCUCAAACACAAUUCUCUCCAUUCACGCACAAAACGGGAGCGUUGAAGAAUCUAAGGCAGUGUUUGAGGCAAUGCCGGAGUGGAAUCUUGUGUCUCUAAACUCAAUGAUGUCUGCUUACGCCAGGAAUGGCUCUUGGAUCACCGAGGCCAAGGGACUGUUCGAAUCAAUGCAAGAGCACAGCCUCGUUACCUGGAACUCGAUGCUAAUGGUCUAUGCCGUGAAUGGUCUGGCCAGUGAAGCCAAGUUUCUGUUUGAGAAAAUGAUGCCGGACAGAGACAUGAUUUCCUGGACCUCGAUGCUCACUGCGUUUUCCAACAGCGGUAAGAUCGAUCACGCCUUAUGGUUUUUCGAAAACAUGCCCAGGAGAGAUCUUGUCGCGUGGAACGCAAUGGUAGCGACCUAUGCCCAACACGGUCAUAUCGAUCAGGCCAAGAGCUUGUUCUUCGCAAUGCCCGAGCACGACACCGAGUCCUGGGCGGCGCUUCUAACCGGGCUCGCGCAGCACGGCAUCUUCGAGGAAGCCCAGAAGCUCUUCCACGACAUGCCCGCUCGAACGCCUGGCUCAUGGACGGCACUCCUCGUUGCAAAUGCCCGUGCCAAUGACGAAAACGGUGGCUCUUGCCCAGAGAGAACCAAAGCGUUCUUCGAUUGCAUGCCUGACUGGAGCUUGGUGUCGUGGACGGCCAUGCUUGGGAUGUAUGCUCUCAAGGGAGACAUGGAGCUGAUGGCGGAGAUGUUUGGGGCUCUAAACCUGCAAGGCGCGAUCGCCCACGAGACCUCCGACAGCGUCGCCUUUGUGAGCCUCCUGCUGGGAUUCAGCCAUCGUGGGGACGUGUACCGGAGCUGGAAGUGCUUCCGCUCGAUGGUGUCCGACUUUGGAUUGAGCCCCGGGAAGCAGCACUUUAGUUGCAUGGUGGAUGCACUGGGACGAGCUGGGUAUCUGUGGGAGGCGCAAGAGCUCAUAGCUUGCAUGCCCGUGUUGCCGGAUCCCCAGGACUGGACGAGCUUGCUGGCCGCUUGCAAGACUCAUGGGGACUGCGAGGUUGGGACCUGGGCCGCCGAGGAAGCGCUCAAGGCAGAGUCUGGAAGCCAUGGUGCUUCCUACGUGCUGCUCGCAAACUUGUUUAAGAGAUCCAUCAACAGACAGUGAUAGAAUGAUUUCAUUCCACCCGUCCAGAUCUUAUAGUUCCUGGAGAUCCUUGUCAAGGAUGUACUCCCACACUCUGUCCACCGCCUCGGCUCGAGACAUUGGAAAUUGGAACGUCUUGGAUGAUCAUCAGAUCGAUCGAGUUUCUUCUUCUUGGGCAUGUCAAUGUCCUCGUAGCCUACAAGCAAGCACACGCUAAGAUCAAAGAAACAAAACAAUCAACAGAAACUCACCCUCUUCUACUGGUAGCAAGUGAUCUUGGAGAACUUUGUUAAUGGUAAACAUGUUGAUCGAAUCCACCUUGGAAACGUCGAAGAGCUUGUUUCUGGUGCAGAGGAUCAUCUUCCUGUCGCUUGGAUCUUGGAGUUGUAUGCUUGGGAAUAGUUUUAUACUCUAGUUCCUUCAAUUCUUCACUCUUUGCUUAUUUGUUCAAAAGUUUAGCCUUGUAUCUUUAUUUAGUGGCCCAAAGAUUUGAAACUUGAGUUCCAUUGUCCAAA